AUGAAUCUAUUUAGUGAAUAUUUUGGAUCUGUUUAUUCAGCUGUAAAAUCGCAUAGUAAUAAUUCAUAUCAAACUGCUCUACUACCUCCAUCAGUAACUAUCGCCGAAACCUCUUCACCUCAAAAUAUUGUUGAAGAAACAAAUGAAGGCUUAAAUUUAGAUAUAGGAUUAUGGCCUGAAAAUAUGACAGGAUUAAUAGAUUAUUGGGCAAAACGAAAAACUGCCAACGGAGAAAUAAUUAAGCGUUCAUGGUUAUGUUUUUCGCCAUUCAAUGGUAGUAUUUUUUGUUUUGUUUGUAAAUUAAUAUCGAAAACACGCAGUCAAUUUAUUCAUGGUGGUUCCUGUGAUUGGAAACAUGCAGAUAAUCGAUUAAUAAGUCAUGAAACUUUCAAAGAUCAUUUAAAUUCUGUGAUAAAUUUAGCUAUUCGUUCAAAAGAAUUAGGCCGUAUUGACAAUGAACUUAUCAAACAAAAUGAAGAGGUAAAGAGUUACUGGCGUAAUAUAAUCAAGAGACUCGUAAGUGUUAUAAUAUUUAUAUGUGAACGAGAUUUAGCAUUACGUGGUAAAAAUAAAAUUGUCUGUUCGCCUAAAAAUGGCAAUUAUCUUGGAAUUCUAGAGCUGUUAGCUGAGUAUGAUAAUUUUCUUAAACAGCAUAUUGAAAAUCAUGCAAAUAGAGGAAGUGGGCACACUAACUAUUUAUCUUCUACUAUUUGCGAAGAAUUAAUAGAAAUAAUGGUAAAUAAUGUUUUGAAUGAAAUAAUUUCUCGUAUAAAACUAUCUAAAUAUUUUUCUAUUUCAUUAGAUUCGACACCUGAUGAAGGUCAUAUAGAUCAAUUAACGUUAGUUUUUAGAUACCUUGAAAGAGAUACACCAGUGGAAAGAUUUUUAGUAUUUAUGCUAAACCAAGGCCAUAAAGCUCAAGAUAUCGGCCAAUCCUACGACAAUGCUUCUGCAAUGAGUAAAAAGUAUAAUGGUCUCCAGUCAAAAGUUCUGGAAAAUAAUAAACUAGCUUCCUGGAUUCCAUGUGCUACUCAUUCAUUAAAUUUGGUAGGAAAAGCAGCAACCGAGUGUUGUACUGCUGCUGUUGAAUUUUUUUAUUUUUUAGAGCAGUUAUAUGUAUUUUUUACAGCAUCAACAAAACGUUAUGAACUACUGAUUAAAGCUCUAAGUUUAGAAAAUACCAAAUCUCGUAUCCAUGUACUACAACGAGUUAAUACUACACGUUGGUCAUGUAGAUCUGAUACAACAAAGCUCUUAUGCAAGGCUAUAAACAAUUUAAAAGUACUCUAA